AAUGCCAUGCACAAUAAUUAUCCAUGCCAUGUGAUGUAUAUGUGGCGGAAUGUGGCUAAUUAGGCGCAUGUGACAGGUCAAUGGCGUCACAGGGCUGAACGAACUCUUCAAAGUCUGGAAGUUCACCUGGGCAGUGUUUACUAACUACUAGGUAGGCACAAACCUUGGGAAGUCACUGUGGUUACUGGUACGAUUACUAGGUAGUUAUACUUUAAGUACCUAGGUACUGUAACUUAAAAGCAACUGACCAACUGUGCAGUUAAUCGCAACUCUUUCUCUCUUGUUUCCAUCACAAAGAUCUAAUACCAUUUACUUAAUUCCUCAUGCACCUAACCCAGUACUUAAAACUAAUCUAUCUUAUUGAUUCAGUCUUUGAAAAUGGUUGAAACAUCUACAUUUUCCCCCGUCCCCUUUCUACCAAAUGGCACUACGUCGCUCCCCUCGCCCGCUCCGAGUACCGCAUCGAGCCGGGCGGCCGCGCGCCUACCACACCCCCGAUCGAGGCCUCUAGCGCGCGGAUCUAGAAAGGAAGACUACGCUAGAAAUUAUGUCUCUGAGCGAUUGUUACACAUCUCGCGACGUUACGUCAAGAAGCAUGGCAUUCCCGAUCCCGCCGACGAGGUGUCGGGGUAUGAUAGUAUGGAUGAAGUAUGCAAAGACCUUGAGGAGGUCGUGGACGUACUUUGGUUUUCUGGUACUCCCAGCCUUCAAAUCCCAUAUCUCCUUAACGUCGCACUCGCCUUCAACACAUACCUGCCAUCCUUUACACCCUCACCGCGCCCCACAUUCGCUCUUUUGAAAAAGCUAGACCACUGCUUUGCAAGCCUGAUCCUCGGUCGCGAUGCAAAAUCCGGGGUUCCACUACCGGCGUUUCAGAGCGGCACGAGAGGAUUCACGAGGACCGACAUGGUGCGUUGCAAGAGUAUAGCUGAUGAAACCCGGAUGCUUGUCGCAACCGUCAUGAGUGAAGAACCCGACGUCGAAAACUUUGUGGAUGACGACGACGACGACGACGACGAUAACGGUGGUGGUAGAAUGGCGCCUAUCCCUACGAGGAGGAAUAUCGAUAUAUCUAUCUCGACAGGGCUUAUACAAACUCCGAUUCCAGAAAGUAUAGCUACAACUACCACCAGCAGUAGCGUAGGUGCUAGUAACAGGAUAAAGACGGAAGACGUUGGAGAUUUCGAGGCCGACUCGGACGACGCAUUGGAACUAGAGCAUCCGGCUCCUAAGCGCAAGUCCCAUGAUUCGGAUCUGGAAGACGAACCGCGCGAAGAUAAACGGACCAAAGUCAAAGAAGAAAAUGACGAACCGAUCCUAGAGUUUAGUGACGCGGCGCCGGAGAAUAGGAGUCCACAUCCGAUGAUCAACGGACCCGGGCCGGGCGUAGGUCAACCUGACGCGAAAUUCCACUGGAUGGUAGAUGACGACGACGACGAUGAUGAAGAAUCUGGAACCGAUGGCGAGACUCUAGAUAAUGUGACCAGCACAUUUCCUUUUUCGGCGCCACGGGUAAUACAAAUGGCCCCUGAUGCUGAAGUAGAUAUUGGCGAACUCGGCGAAGACCCAGACGAGGAUGAUGAAGAAGAGGAAGAAUUACAAUUAAAUGUGGGCAAAGUCUAUGAGAAGACUUUAGUGCAGCUCGGCAAGUCGCUGGGUGAAUCUAUCAUAGAUGUUGGGCAGCCGUUACCUAUAUGAACAUUGAUAUACGCUACCUGUACUCAAGCUACCAAAUAACAUAAAUCUUGAAUAACAA